AUGGGCGGGCCAACGGGAGGGAAGGAGGCGCACUUAGUGGGCAAGAGCGGCAAGGAAUGUCAAGGCACCGGGAACAGGGCCCGGCGGCACGAGAGGCCCAGGAACCAGGGGGCAAGAAGGGGAAGGGGGGGAGGGGGGGGGAGAGAUGUCAGGUGGGCGCAGGAGCGCCGGAGGGGCAAUAAAAGACAGGCGGGGGCUGGGAGAGGACGUGGUCCAAGGGGGGGGAAGCGGCUGCAUGAACCGACCAAUGAGGCGAAGGGGGGAGGCGGGGGGCUAAAGAAGAACAGAGGCACCCGGCGGGGGGACACCACGGGGCAAGGGCAGCGAGGGAGGGAACGCAUGGCGGCAAACCGGGCCGUCGAGAAGGGGGGGCGAAAGAGUGAGGGGCGCCACAAGGGGGCGACGCCGGACCACCACGACAGGGGACAGGGGAGGAGGCAACAGACGAGAGUCAAGAAGGGGAGGGACAAAAACGGGAAAGGGACAAGAAACUGGACGGGGCAAGGAAGCGGGAGGAGGCGCGAGGGGGCGGACAGACAGCAGGGCAAGACACAAGGGGAGGCACCAGAGAAGGGGGGGGGUGGAAGGCGGGGCACCGACCGGGGAGAACGGGAACAGAAAGCUGGGGGGCACGGAAACAGACGGAGGGAGACGGGGAAGCGGGGGGCACGGCGAGAGGCACGGAAGGACAGGAGCGAGAGGAGUGCCGGGAGGCGGGCGGGCGAGAAGCACAAGGCGGAGAGAAAGAGAAGAGGAAAAGCGGCACGAGCAGAAAGGAGGGAACGAAAGGGCAAACCGGGGACGACGUGA